AGCCCUCUACAGGGACGUCAUGCAGGAGAACUAUGAGAUGGUGAUCUCUCUGGGAUUUCCCAUUCCCAAACCUGAGCUGAUUGUCCAGCUGGAACGAGGGGAAGAGCCGUGGGUGCCCGAUCUCCAGGCCUGCGAGGAAAGAAAGCUUCCGAGAUGUACCCGCACAGGUGCUGAGCAAGGGAGUGAAAACGAGGAGGAGAAUCAUCAUGAGGAAGUUCCUGGGGAAGUGAGACCACAGGGGACCUUUGUGGGAAGAGCUGAAGGGAAUUUUUCCCAUUGGUGGGAGAAGGGAGAAGCAUUGGGAAAUUGGCACAGGUCAAAGAGGCUUUUGGGAAACCACCCAAGGAAGAGAGUGGAUGAAUCUAUUAAUGGCAGGGGAGGAGAGGAGGAUCCCAGAGCGCAGCAGACAAAUCCCAAUGAAGAGACACCCUGUCACCGCCUGCAGUGUGGGAAAGGAUUCAUUGUGAGAUCACAACUUGUUACACAUCAGACAAUCCAUACUGGAGAGAAACCCCUUCAAUGCUUGGACCGUGGGGAAAGCUUCAGUAACCGCUCAGAUCUUAAUAACCACGGGAGAAGCCACACUGAUGAGAAGCCCAUUCAGUGCCUUGAGUGCGGGAAAUGUUUCAGUUCAAAGUCAGUACUAAAUUCACAUAAGAAAAGCCACAGAGGAGAGAGAUCCCAUAAGUGCUUAGACUGUGGGAAAAGUUUCAAGCGGAAGUCAGACCUUGUUAAUCAUCAGGCAAUCCACACUGGAGAGAGACCCCAUAAGUGUUUGGACUGUGGGAAAAGUUUCACAUGGAGGUCAGCGCUUGUUAAUCAUCAGGCAAUCCACACAGGAGAGAGACCCCAUAGGUGUGUGGACUGUGGGAAAAGUUUCACAUGGAGGUCAGCGCUUGUUAAUCAUCGGGCAAUCCACACAGGAGAGAGACCCCACAAGUGCUUGGAUUGUGGAAAAAGUUUUAGGCAGAGGUCGGCGCUUGUUCAACAUAAGGCAACCCACACAGGAGAGAGACCCCACAAGUGCUUGGAUUGUGGGAAAAGUUUCAUACAAAGGUCAAGUCUUGUUCAACAUCAGGCAACCCACACAGAAGAGAGACCCCACAAGUGCUUGGAUUGUGGGAAAAGUUUCAGACAGAGGUCAACCCUUGUGAAACAUAAGGCAACCCACACAGGGGAGAGACACAAGUGCUUGGACUGUGGGAAAAGUUUCAUAGAGAGGUCAACCCUUGUUAAACAUCAGGCAAUCCAUAUAUGCGAGAAACCCCACAAGUGCUUUUACUGUGGGAAACGUUUCAAGCGGAAGAUAGACCUUGUUAAUCAUGAGGCAAUCCACACAGGAGAGACCCCAUAAGUGCUUGGACUGAGGGAAAAGUUUCACUUGGAGAUCAGCGCUUGGUUAUCAUAAGGCAAUCCAUAUAGGAGAGAGACCACACAAGUGCUUGGACUGUGGAAAGAGUUUCAUAUGGAGGUCAGAUCUCAUUAAACAUGGGAGAAUCCACACAAGUUCUAAACUUGUGCAACACAUGGCAAGAAAGGGUUAAGCAACUUGCAUGAAAUUGACUCAGGUCAACCUUUAGAGAGAGAUUUCAGAAGUGUGUCCACCUUAGAUAAGCUAGAGUUUGAAAUGUAAACGUGUAUUGUUAAAGAUUUGGAAGAAGAGGGGUAACUGUAGUGGUCUAUGUUUAGCUGUAUCUUGUUAGAGGUUAACAAUUUAUCCCAAGGGUUCCUGUGUUCUGUUAAUUCAGGGAUCAAUAAUUCAGAGAUUAUACCCGUCGCCCCUGCCACCUGCCCAAUUCUAGCUCAGUCACAUUGAACUCACUAGGGGUAGGGCUGAAGGAUGGAGGGAAUGUUUAUAGCUGAAAUCACCGAAAUGUGUUUUGUGAGGUUAGUGUUAAUCGGAUCUGUUCCCCUCUCCUGCUCGGACAUUUUCUGUGGGGAUUCCAGAGACAGAAAGGAGUAGGUGUUACCAUCUUGGCUACCAAUCCUCACAGUGACUCUCUACACUAGCAAUUCUCAAACUGUGGCCAGAGCCUCCCAAUGGAGGGACAGGAAUGUGUCAAGGGAGGCGUGAUCAGUGUGGGUUGUUUUUUUUUAAGAGCACUGGCUGUCGUCCCCAGGUGGUUGGGGCUCAUGAAGGAGGAACAGGCCCAUCUGGGAGGUGGGGAUAAAUGCUCAAGCUCUCAAACCCAGGUGGAGCGGCAGCACAGAAGUAGGUGUCAAUGGGGUGAUAAGUCUGCUUAUUGAGGAACAUCACUUUUCACGUUGCCACCCUCACUUCUGUGCUGCUAUUGGAGGCCUACAGAGCUGGGCGCAUCGCCAGCAACUACUCUGCCGUUAGAGCUGGGUGGCGAUAUAUGUGCUUGUGAGAGUGGGGACGUAAAUGACCACAGACACAAAGUUGGGGUGGUGUGUGGGGGGGUGAUGAAACACCUUUGAGAACCACUGGUCUGCACUAUUAUGGUCACCACACUUACAAAAUGAUAAAUCUACAAAGCAUGUCUUGUGAGGUAUCAUAGGAAAAGUCAUCAUCUGCUGAAUAUUAUUGUCUGGUUAAAAUGUGUCUGUCAACUUUCCUGGGCCUCCCCGCCCCAUCCGGGAGCAUUGCAGAGCUGAAGCCGGCAGGGCCCCCCAUCCCUAAAGCCGGCUACCCCUCGGCCUGCACCCCGAGCUACCCCCCUAUCUGUACACAGCCCCUAGCUAUCCCCCUGCCUGCACCUCGAGCUACCCCCUGCCUGCACACAGCCCCUAGCUACCCCCCUGCCUGCACCAAG